AUGUCGCUCUUCACCUGGUGCACCCGCCGGUGCGGAGGGCUGGCCAUGCUCGCAGCUUUGGCCCUCUCCUACUGGGUCGUCAGCAAGGAAGCCAUCGUAUCGCACAAUGAUCUCUUCAAGCAUCAACAGAGAGACAUCCUUAGCCCCAUCCCCCAGUCGCCCACGACCGCUGAGGGCGCCGGCAUAUGGACCGUCAUCUUCGCCUAUUACUGCCUCUUCAUCCAUGUCCUCGUCGCUGCCUUCCCUCUCCGGUCCUGCUGGGCCAUGUGGGACCUCACCCGCAGCCUGAAGAGGGCCGCGCACAGCAAGGCACUCCAGAGCCUCAAGUUUGCCCACCGACGCCGGGGCUCUUCUACCUCUCUGUCAAGCUCCGAGACCCUGACCUCGUCCCAUGGAUCCUCCGCGAGCAGCGAAGCCGGCGACCUAGAGGCUGAGCUCUACACAGACGGCGAUGCCGAGCCCGAUCGCGUUGUCCACGCCAUCGUCAUCCCAAACUACAAGGAGGAAUUGGACACUCUGAGGGAGACACUGGAGGUCUUGGGCUGCCAUCCCCAGGCUCGCAAUAGCUACGACGUCUACCUAGCCAUGGAAUCUCGUGAGAACAACGUGGAGCUGAAGGCCAUGGGGCUUGUCCAAGAGUUCAUCAAGAAGUUCCGCUCCAUUGACUUCACAAUCCACCCGUCCGACAUUCCAGGCGAGAGCGCUGGCAAGGGCAGCAACAUGGCCUGGGCCGUUCGCAAACUGAGCGAGAAGUACUCUAUGGAAGCUCGUAAGGAUGUUAUCGUCACCGGCAUCGAUGCUGACAGCCACCUCUCCUCCAACUACUUCGCACACCUGACGUCCAUGCACUUGUCCUACCCCGAGACCGCUAAGACGACCAUGUACGCCGCUCCAAUCAUUUUCGACCGCAACUCGCACAGCGUCACAGCCCUCGUCCGCGUCGGCGACAUCCUCUGGGCUUCAGCUGGCAUGUCCGGCCUCUACCGCGGCUCGACAAUUGCCCCGCCGACUUCUGUCUACUCUGUGCCUCUGGAGCUGGUCGACCGCGUUGGCGGCUGGGACUGUGACCCCGAAGCAAUUGGAGAGGAUUUGCACAUGUACCUGAAGUGCUUCUUUGCGCUCAACGGAAACCUGACUGUUCGCACCAUCAUCAGCCCAGUCAGUCAGAGCAACGUAACUGGCGGUGCUGGUGGCGGUGUCAAGGGCAUGGUUGCCGACAUCAAGGCCCGGUACAAGCAGGCCAUCCGACACAUGUGGGGAGCUCUCGACUCCGGCUAUGCUAUUCGCAAGGUGGUUGAGCUCUGGCAAGAGAGGAAGCAUACCUCUCGGUCUUUCCGCCCCAUCCACAGCACGCUCCAGGAUACCACCGAUGUCUACGUCCCGCACAACCAGAACCUCGACCCCGAAGCCCCGCCUGCCGAGAACGGUAUCUUCUCUGACGUGACCCACGAUACUCUUAAGGGGCCCAACUGGGAGCGCAUCGUCUACCUUUUCCACCGCCUGUUCGAAGCUCACUUUCUGCCUCUGCAGACUACCAUUCUCAUUAUUGCUUCUACUCUCUACGUCUGGGCCACCGAGGGCAAGCCGGAUGUGCACGGAAUCAACUGGAUCUUCGAUGCGUGCAACGUCCUUAGAACCGCUGGUUUCAUGGAGAUUGCCUUCCUCCUGUUCCUGUACGAGAGCUUCCACAGGAUCUGCGUGCAGACUCGCGAGAAGGAAAUGAGCGACGCAGGGCUCUCCAAGGGCAUGAACUUUUCCCACCGCCACGUCAGCAAGAACUGGAAGGACUACUGCAUGGUCCCUAUCGUCGCUCCUCUGUUCGGUGCCGUUCCCUGUGCCCAGGCUCAGGUCUGCCACUUUUGGACGCUCGAUCUUGUAUACACGGUCAGCAAAAAGGUCACACGACAAAGAUCACGGUCUGUGACGGCAGCCGCGCUGGCAUAA